UAGCACCCAAUAGGAGAGGAUUGAGUGUACCUGCAGGGCUUAGCUCUGCCAAAGUCUCGAGCUCUGCCACCGUCUCGUCUGGAGCGGAUUGGGCAGCCACGGUGGUGUUUGACUUCGACCCUUUCUCAUCUCUCCUCUCCUCUCUUUCUCUCUCUGAAGUCUUAACCAGAGCAAGAAGUAGGCUUCUCCAUGGCUUGCUGUUAGUUUGGACCGGCACUGGGCUUUGAUGAUGGUGGAGAGGGAGAGAGAUGAGGGAGAAGCAAUGGCCGUGAACAGGCCACGGCAGGAAGGAGAAGGAGCAGAAGCCGCAGCGGCACCGGCACCGGGACCAGCAGGCACAGGGGAGAAGGUUGAGGGGCAGAGGGAUGACGGAGAAAGAGACGACGGCGAGGAGCGGAAGGAGAAGAGCGAGGAGGAAGACGAGGCGGAGGAAAAGAAAGACAAGGUGGAGCUGGAAGAGUGGUCCGAGAUAAGGCUGGCCAUCGCGGAGCUGUCCCCGAUCAGCCGGCGCGGCGGCAAGCUGUGCACCUCGCCUCCCACGCUGCCCUUCCUCGGCCUCUCCCACCUCCUCCUCCAGCUCCUCGAUAAGAUUGGUCCGACAAUGGCAGUGCUGCGGCUCGACGUCCAACGGAACAUCGAGAGGCUGCAGGAGCUAUACUUGCAGGACCCAUCUAAAUACUCCACUCUGACGGCGAUGGUCGAGAAAGAGGCCGACGACGGCACCGUGAGGAAGGCCGAUAGCUGUGCAAGAGCUAUUCUAUGGCUCACUAGAUCCAUGGAUUUCACUGUUGCACUGUUACAGAGACUGGAGAAGGAGGAGGAGGAGGAGGAGGAGGAGGAGGGUUCUGAUCAGCAGAGCCUUGCACAGCUCGUAGAAGAUGCGUACAAGGUCUCUCUCAAGCCAUGGCAUGGCUGGAUUUCUUCCGCGGCAUGCAAGAUCGCGUUGAAGCUCAUCCCUGAGAGGGCGAUCUUCGUCGGCUGGCUCAUGGGGGAAAACCAGAGUUACAGUCUCCUCAAGGUCGAGAUCGAGAAGCUCGUCCAGCUGCUCCAGCCCUUUCUCGACGACAUCCAUGCCAUGCUGGCCAAGUUCAAACUGGACAGGCUGAAGUCGACCUGAGGGCGAAUGCUAAGAUGGUCUCCAUUAUCAAAUUCCACUUCUGUGAAUACCGCCUUGGUUUGUACUUUGUAGUGUACAUGUUUCUCUUUUUUGAGCUGUCCGUGAUCGUGCGCCUCACUCUGUAAAUAGGUCUUCAUGUAGGGUAGGACUAGAUUUGUAGCGCUCCUUGCGGGUACGAGUUCUGCCUAGUCAAUGUACUUGUCCAUCUUUCUAGCAGUAAAUUGCAUUUUCCACCGUGCA